ACUCAGUUCUACUCAACCAUAAACAUUAUCAACAACCGUUUACAUCUCAACUCUUACAAACAAACAACUACCACCCACUCUCUUACAACCGCAACCAUGAGCUCCCCUUAUACCGUCCAGAUCCACCAGAGCACCAAGGAGCCUUCAAUCUCCAGUUCCUACAGCUAUUCUUCUGGUUCGUACAGCUCUUCAACCAGCACAACACCUCGAUCUCUUUCUCCUGGCGAGUACCGCGAGUACGGGGCUGACAAGCACACUACACAAGUCGCCAAAUCUGGUCGCAACUUGGUUAUUAACCACAACAAAGUCUCAUACGAAAAGGACUCCCCGGCACCGACAUACGCAGGCGCAUAUACACGAACCUAAUCGAUACUUCACACUUUUUUGUUUUGUUUUAAUAUUCCCUUUGUCCAAUUGAAUUGAACAGCGAUAUACAACGGAUACGGGCUAGAAUAUGGACUGGCGUUUUAUUUUAUUUUGGAGACUUUGAAGCAGAGUUAUUAUGCCCACCGAGGCGAUGUAUUAUGGACCACUAGAGAGUUUGGAUUUUGCAGCGAUCAAGAUUGAUAGAUAUUGCGAGAAGUUGGACGGAGACUGUUUUCCUUUCUUUUUCUUUUGCUGUCUGUACUUUUAUUACUCUUGAGCUCUGGACACUUCUUGGUCCGCGCUGACUUUCUAGAAGGGUCAAAUUUCCCGUCUUGACCUCUUACAAGACAAAACGGCUGGAUGGUAUUUGGGACGGUCCGUCGGACUGGUCCGAUGAUUAUUGUUAGGU